GAUCAACCUUUUUCCAAUCUGAAAAAAAAGAUAUAACAUAGCUGGAUUCGCUUGGCCUUUACGGAGUGCCCCUAUGUAAAUAUGAAGGGAUAAAUGUUUAUAUAUUAACACCAAAUCACACAUAUAUCUAUUGCGGUAAUAAGAUUGCCCACAAUCAUUGACCCCUGAUCAGCGAUACGGCGGAAGUGACGUCAGAAUGGGUCACUUCUUGAGCACUAUGUAAUACUACUACAGUAACUACUGACGGCGUAAGCAGUGAUCAAGUUGUUGGACUUAUUUCAAGUGCCGACCAACAUGUAUGCAUUUAGAUCCACUGGCAGGCUGUUCAUGUCUAGCCGUGGCGGCCCCACCCUUGCAUCUCUGAUUUACAAGGUGCGUUUCUGUCAGGCCUCAGCUCUAAACGGAGCAGCCCUCAAACUAGUUGAAGCACACGUCGACUGGGCUUCCCAGCUGACGGCCCAUACUGCACGAAUCAGGGGGAGAAAAUGGCUGCCUGGGUCUCACGGCCCCAAGUUUCCUGAGUUCCUGGCACCACCUAAAGACGGGUACGUCCACGUCUUUACUCCCGUGGAGAAGGUCGACUGUUCCCCUGAGGAGUGUGCUCCAGCGAUGCGACAGGUGAUCCGGGACGUCUUGGAAAGGCGCAAAGAAGGUGCCUUGCUUUUCCGAGGACUGCCUCUAGCGACUGCGGAAGAUUUUUCCAGGGCUUUGGUCAACUUGGGCCUGAAGCUGACCAGCUACAAAGGUGGAGGCGGUAUCAGGCACCAGCUGGCUGAGGCGGUGGACACAGCGAGUGACGAGCCACCCGAGUUUUGUAUCGAGCCCCACCAUGACCUAGCCUACACCAACCAUUACCCUGAAAAGAUAAUGUUCUUCUGUAUUGACCCCCCUCCCCCGGGUACAGGGGGAGAGACGGUACUGGCCGAUGUGCGGGACAUUCUGCCGCGUCUGGACAAAGAUGUGGUGGCAUGGAGAAAUUCUGGAAGCUUGGAGUCAUGUACCUACAACAUUUUCCUUCUCGCGGUCCUGGCAUAUACAACAGUUGGCAACAGACCUUCCAAAUGGAGAAUAAGUCUGAUGUAGAAGAACACAUGAAAGCUCACAACAUACACUGGAAGUGGCAUGAUGACGGCGCUAUGACAAACUGGACCGUGCUACCAGCGAUGCUUAAGUACAGAGGUGACUGGGUGUGGUUUACUGUACCACACGCUAACAAUAACAGCUACAUGAAGAAAAACCCUUCCUGGGUCGACAAGGACCUCCCUGAUGAUCAGUAUCCACAGCACACGUACUAUGGAGACGGCGCAGUUAUAGAGCAGGAGGUACUACAGCAUAUCAGGGAAACCAUUUGGCAGGUUGCCGUGGGUUUUCAGCUGCAAAAGGGCGACCUGCUUGUUUUGAACAACAUUUACUGUCAACAUGCCAGGCUCAGUUUCACCGGGAAACGGAAGCUUGCCGUCGCCUUGGCCAUGCAGGACCAGGUCUAUCCGGAGGACUAAUGAAUUCUGUAUCAGUAUCUGUACCUAUACAUCUAUAUCUGUAUCUAUCUAUCUAUCUAUCUAUCUAUAUGUCUGUAUAUUCACUGUGUGUAACGAUAUAGCCAGUAUAACCACCCUCUGAUGUAACACAACAGCUUCGGAGGCACGCUGAACGACUUGCCACACCUAACCUUUGCACAUCUGACAGCAAAUGUUGAUUAAAGCUAUCUGAAGAGGAUGCACCAACUGUACUUGAUGGCAACAAAUUCCACUCAGUGAAACGGAUUCCAAUCAGUUUAGACUCAUGUUUGUAAAUAUUUGUUUAUGCACUACAUCCUGGUAAAACCGUGAAAAAUAUGUGUCUCUGGUUUUCUUUGUUACCUCCCU